AUGUCGCAUACGGCGCCACAACAGGCGCUGGAUAAGGAGAAAAUCGCAGUGGAAAUGGAUGGCAAUGAUGGAAUUGGCAGAAAUGAAAAAAGGAAUGGAAAUGAGAGCGAGGUUUCUGAUGAAUCAUUUGCAAAUCCGACGAGUAUAAAUGAAAAGGCAUUAGUAAGAAAGUUGGAUUGGAAACUAUUACCUGCACUUACAUUGCUUUAUUUGCUGAGUUUCUUGGAUAGGAGUAACAUCGGAAAUGCGAAACUUGAUGGAUUAGCGACGAGUUUAAAGAUCACCGGGAACCAAUAUCUAUUGACAUUGACAAUUUAUUUUAUCGGAUACGUUCUCUUCGAAGUUCCUUGCAACAUCAUACUUAAACGCACAACACCCAAAACAUGGCUCCCAACACUCAUGCUUCUGUGGGGAAUUGUCGCGACCUUAAUGGGAGUUUCUACAAAUUAUGCAGGAUUUCUAGCUGCAAGAUUCUUCUUGGGUGUUACGGAAAGUGGAUUGUUUCCUGGUGUAGUAUUUUACUUAUCAAUGUGGUAUAAGAGGACGGAAACUCAUUAUCGAGUUGCAUUGUUCUUUUCUGCAGCUUCGUUGGCUGGUGCUUUUGGUGGAAUCUUGGCUUAUGGCAUUGGGUUCAUGGAUGGAGUGGGAGGAUUGAAAGGGUGGAGAUGGAUUUUCAUCAUUGAAGGACUUCUGACUGUCGUCGUCUCUCUCUUAGCUUAUUUUUUCAUCCACAAUUACCCCUCAACCGCGCCGUUUCUCACGGAACCAGAACGUUCCUUUAUCCAUGCGCGUCUCAAGUCCUCCACUGAUGCAACCAAUACUGAGCCCUUCACUUGGGCCAACGUUCGCGCCGCUUUUGGAGAUUACAAAUGCUGGCUCUACAGUCUCGGUUUCCACACAAUGUCUCUACCCCUCUACACCCUUUCUCUUUUCUUCCCUACCAUCAUUUCGGCCCUCGGCUACAAAGCGGCUACCGCACAACUUCUCACUGUCCCGCCUUACGCAUUCGCAACAGUCCUUACAGUGAUCAUCGCCAUCCUCGCUGAAAAAACUCACAAACGCGCUCCUUUCAUUCUCUUCUCCUCCUCAUUUGCAAUCAUCGGCUAUAUCAUCCUUCUUGCAACUCCACACAACAAACCCGGCAUCUCCUAUCUCGGAACUUUUUUCGCAGCCGGCGGAAUUUAUCCCAGUACCGCCAUCGUGCUUUCCUGGCCCGCGGCAAAUGUAAGCGGACAAACUAAACGGGCCACAGCAACUGCGAUGACGAUUACGAUUGGAAAUUUGGGAGCAGUUUUGGGAACGCAAUUGUAUAGGCCGGCGACGAGUCCUAGAUGGUUUUUAGGACAUGGAUUUGCAUUGGGGUAUUUGGUAGCAAAUUUGGUAGUCGUGGGGACGUUGUGGAUCUGUUUGGAAAAGGAAAACAGAGAGAAAAAGAGGAGAGAAGAGAGUGGAGAGGUAGGAGAUGAGGUUUUGAAAAAUGAUGAAGAUGUUAGGUGGAUCUUUCAGACUUGA